GAAACACUUCCCCACCAGCAACAACAAAAAAGAUUGUCAGAGAUACAUAACAUCGUGUAGUCUGAAUCAAGAACAAAGCCUUCUGAAAGCCCAGAGCAGAAGCCUUUUUGGUCAACAUGGAGGGAAAAAGACAGUGAGCUCGAGUGCAGGGAGCCUGGGCUGCCCCUGCUAAGAACUAUGCCCCUGCCCAGCCAGCGACCACUGCUCAGAGCCAUCUCCACCAGGUGGCUGGUCAGACCUGGAGGAACAAGGAGCAUCAUCAGUCCAACAGAGAGUUUGUGUUCAAAGAACCCCAGCAGGUAGUACGCAAAGCCCCGGAGCCACGAGUGAUUGACAGAGAGGGUGUAUAUGAAAUCAGCCUGUCACCCACAGGUGUAUCUAGGGUUUGUUUAUAUCCUGGCUUUGUUGAAGUAAAAGAAGCCGACUGGGUGUUCGAACAGCUCUGUCAGGAUGUUCCCUGGAAGCAGAGGACUGGCAUCCGAGAGGAUAUAACAUAUCAGCAACCAAGACUCACAGCAUGGUAUGGAGAACUUCCUUACACUUAUUCAAGAAUCACUAUGGAACCAAAUCCUCACUGGCAUCCCGUGCUGAGCACACUGAAGAGCCGCAUUGAAGUGAACACCGGCCACACCUUCAACUCCUUGCUCUGCAACCUUUACCGAAGUGAGAAGGACAGUGUGGACUGGCACAGUGAUGAUGAGCCCUCCCUGGGGAAGUGCCCUGUCAUCGCAUCGCUUAGUUUUGGUGCCACACGCACUUUUGAGAUGAGGAAGAAGCCGCCGCCUGAAGAGAAUGGAGACUACACGUAUGUGGAGAGAGUGAAGAUCCCCUUGGAUCACGGGACCUUGCUCAUCAUGGAGGGAGCUACCCAAGCUGACUGGCAGCAUCGAGUGCCCAAGGAAUACCACUCCAGAGAAGUGAGAGUGAACCUGACCUUUCGGACAGUCUACCCGGACCCUCAAGGGGUGUCCUGGUGACGUGAGACCUGUGAGAGAGAAGUCACACUGAGCCUGAGCAGACCUUCUGCUGAGAAGCCCCUUCGGGAGGCUGGUCCCGCCGAUAUCAUGUGGCCGUUUGGAAGACAGUGGGAUUCCUUUCCCAGUUCCGAAUCCUAGUAAACGAGAGCCAGCAGCCCAUGUUGGCAGUGUGGGAAUGGCUAUCCCUAAUCAUAUCUCAAAACUGUGUGUUAUCUUUGGGCAGAUGAAAAUCCAUGUGGCUGUGCCCACGACGGUUUUGUCCAUAAGCAGUUUCUCCCCACCCGCCCCCGCUUCACUUGAAGAAAUAUGAAUGGACUUGUGCCUCUGGGAAAAACCUUCACGUGUUUGUUCCUUGUGACUUGAGUGAAGUGGAGAUAUAAAUAUGCGUCAGGGACUCUGGAGCCUUUCGUAGGCAGACAGCUGCUGAAACCCAAACAGAGGUGGUGUCGACUUGGCUCGUGUGCCGUUGGGAUGGAGAGCUGCAGUUUCAGGGAACACUGCACUUUGGGUCUUUCUUUGCCCAUUUCGUUUUAUUUUUUAAUUUUAGAGUCGAGGGCACAAGUGGGGGUUCACUACGUAAAGCUGGUUGCAUGCAGCAAAGUUUGGGGGAACACAGCAGUUAACUGAGUCUCCCGGCCUCUCAGUUUUCUCGUGACACACUGAGACCGGUCCCGGGCCCCUGAACGAAGAGUGGUGGCAGGGUGCUGUGGCCCAGCCACCUCCAGGCAGUCACCCAGAUCACUUGUAAUGCGAGAGAAAACUGUCCCCUUACAGGGAGGCGUAACCCAUUGAUGUCAUGAGAAGCAGCAGCUGAAAUUGAGACUGAGCAGCAACAAAUGUCCUGGUACCGCAGCUGGUCCACAUAGAUGAGUUUCCCCAGAGAAUUCCUCGAGUCAUUAGAGCCCAAGUCAGAUAGGAGGGCGCAGUCCCGCGGGGAUACGGUCGUUUGCCUAAGAGCUCUCUCACCUCAGAGUUCAGGAGCCCGUGACCAAGGCUCUCUUCUGACUCCGUGUUCCCUUGCAUACGAGCUCCCGGGGCCCAAGGGUUGCUCUGUGAUGUCACCAGUGUUCCCAAGCAAAAGCAUGGCUGCCCCUUCUUGCAGCAUGAGAGCCCGUGUCUUCUGACCUCUUGCCAGAUGAAUUCCAAAGCAAGACAGGGAGACCCAAGGGAAGGAAAAGCGGAUGAAAGUAGAUGCAAGCGGGGCCGGAAAGCUGGCGUUUCUCCGUCUGCCUGCGGGGAAGGUCGACGGCGCUUCUCGCUUUCUGUCCGGCUUCCGUCCCAUGCUGCAGGAUGGGUGACCCCGUGACCGUGGGAGAGUGCUGGGCAAGCUCUUCCCGUAGGCGGGUGGGCGCCGCCUGGCCGGGCUGUGCUCUCUGCCACGCCGCCUGACUCCUUCACUGCGGUCCACAACACGUGCGACUCCUUGCUCUGAGAAACACCAAAUGUUGGCUGGUCCGAGUGUGGUCGUUUACAACUAAUCGAUCACAACCGGCCACAAAUGUCUUUGUUCCUUCUCCACUCCACUGCUUUACUUGACUAGCCUUAAAAAAAAAAGAAAUACUAAAGGUUUCAUAAAAUGUGAGCAUCGUUCUAAGGCUCUUGGUGAGGCAUGUACAAAUCAUUGGAAAAAUAAAACCGAGCCCCUCUUGAACUCCCA